CACCCUCUCCUUCUCUCCUUGUUCACCCUGUAAAAGACAUAUAAAGACGUAAACAUAGCCUAUAAUUCGUAUUUCUCCGAAAUAACCUUUUCCUACGAUAUAUUAUCACAAUUAACAAAUAAAUUUCUUCCCUUCAUCCGUGUCGAGUAGAUUCAGUGAGGUUACACAAGUUCCUUUUUAAUAAAAAAUAAAAAUGUUUAAAAAAUUUGACGAAAAAGACAGUGUUUCUGGAGUUCAACAACUCAAAUCUUCGGUGCAGAAAGGAAUCAGAUCGAAACUUUUAGAACUAUAUCCUUUUCUCGAAAGUUACGUGGAUCAAAUCAUUCCAAAAAAAGAUUCUUUUCGUAUUGUUAAAUGCCACGAUCACAUUGAAAUAAUGGUAAACGCUGCAGGAGAGUUACUCUUCUUUCGUCAGCGAGAAGGACCAUGGAUGCCCACUUUACGUCUUCUACAUAAAUAUCCAUUUUUUUUGCCACUCGAACAAGUUGAUAAAGGAGCAAUCCGAUUUGUUCUCAGUGGUGCGAACAUCAUGUGUCCUGGCCUGACAUCGAAGGGUGCAAAGAUGACUCCUGUGCCAAAAGGCACAGUUGUUGCUGUGAUGGCAGAAGGAAAACAACACGCUUUGGCAGUUGGUGUAACAACAUUAUCCACCGACGACAUUGCCAAAGUAAACAAAGGCGUUGGUGUUGAAAAUUGUCACUAUUUGAACGACGGUUUGUGGCAAAUGAAGGCAGUUAAAUGAACAUGGUCAAAACUCAUUGACAUUUCAUAUUAUCGGGCCUCCGAUCGUCUUCUAAGACUCUGUAUAUUCGCACCGCUUCCAUACAGCAUAUUGAUGUAAUUAUGGAAAAAAGUAAACAAACAAAAUUCUACCGUCA